AUGCGGCACACCCACCUGCAUAUUCCCCCGUCGAAACAAUCAUCAUCAUGGCUGCGCCCGCAGGUGGCCAACCUGGACCUGCCCGGCGCCGAGGUGUUCCGCAAGCUGCAGCUGCUCAAGUCGGAGAAGGGCGGCCUCAGCGCCAGCGACGAGCGCCAAUUCGUGCAGCUGCGCAGGGGCCUGGAGAAGGAGAUCAUGGCGGCGGCCGACGUGGUCUGCUGCACCUGCGUGGGCGCCGGCGACCCGCGGCUGACGGCGCUGCGCUUCCAGCACGUCCUGGUGGACGAGGCCACGCAGGCCACGGAGCCCGAGGCGCUCAUGCCGCUCGUGCUGGGCGCGAAGCAGGGGCCGAGGCCCCUGUUUUCUUGA